AGCUGCAGCAGUAGCAAUAGUAAUUAACCUUUCUAGAACUCAUAUCUUAAUACUACUGUGGAUGUCUGCGACAAUAAAGGCGAGGUUAAUUAGCCAUUCAGUGUGUGGUUAUUUAACAAUAGCUAAAAACAGUAUGGAGACGUCGUUUCCUGCCCAGCCACAUUCCAUUUAAUGGGAAGGGGAACUGAGGAAAAGAUAAGUGUUGAAUGAUCUGGAGCAGUAAGAGGUUGUGGCGGCCUCAUCAGUAGCUGUCACCACGGCGGGGGACCUUCGGGCCUCCGUCUGUAGGGUGGUCAUCUACCUCCAAAAGGACAUGUCUGGAGACAGCUGCCUACCCCAGCAUCACGCCCAGCCCAACUCCACCUCCCCAGCCCCUCCUCUGACCUGUCCCAAGACCAACACCUGCAGUUAUCGAGGCACAGUUGCCCUGGAGAAUAAGUAUGUCCGGCUUAAUGUCGGUGGUACCCUGUUUUACACCACACUGCAAGUACUGACCAGGCAGAACUCCAUGCUGAAAGCCAUGUUCAGUGGAAAGAAGGAAGUGUUUACUGAUAAAGAAGGUUGGAUCCUGAUUGACCGCAGUGGGAAACACUUUGGCAGCAUCAUUUGCUAUCUGCGUGAUGGCACAGUCACCUUACCCAAAGGCCGCCAGGCUGUCCAGGAGCUGCUGGCUGAGGCAAAGUAUUACUUCAUCCAGGGCCUGUUGGAACUCUGUCAAAACACACUUCAGGGGAAUAAAGAGCAAGCCUUGUGUGUUAUCCCUGUUGUCACCUCCAGUAAGGAAGAGGAGAAGCUCAUCCAGUCUUCUACCAAGCCUGUGGUAAAGCUCGUCUACAACAGAAGCAAUAACAAGUAUUCCUACACGAGUAACUCAGAUGACAAUCUGUUGAAGAACAUUGAGCUGUUUGACAGGCUAUCUCUCAGCUUCAAUGGCCGUGUCCUCUUCAUCAAAGAUGUGAUUGGAGACGAGAUCUGCUGCUGGUCCUUUUACGGCCUGGGGCGCAAGCUGGCAGAGGUGUGCUGUACCUCCAUCGUCUACGCCACAGAGAAGAAACAGACCAAGGUGGAGUUUCCUGAAGCUCGUAUCUAUGAGGAAACUCUGAACACCUUGCUGUAUGAGGUGAUGCCGCUGCCCGAUAACUCCCUGCUGGAGGCCACUCGUCGAAGCUACAACAACUGUGGCUCUCACAGUGAGGAGGAGGAGGGGCCCGGAGGAGCUGAGCUCCGCGAGCGUGUCCGUCGGAUCCACGUGAAGCGGUACAGCACGUACGAUGACUGGCCACUGGGACACUGAAGCUACAAAUCACUGGACAGAUGUUGGCUUUUCACAACGAUGAUGAACAUUCAAACACGAAGUCUGUUCAUACUCAUAUGUUUCUAUUUUGAAUUUUUAUAUUGUCUUUUUGUUUUAUUAUCUCCACCACUAUCUAAGAAAAGUCUGAAAUGUGGCUUUGAUAUAUGUGCAUGUGACUUUUUAUUCUAGGUAGUUGUGGUGGUUUACUAUAGUUAGUAGUAGUGUCUGCCCUGUCCAUCAUAACUUAAUAAUUAUUAUCAGUGGACUCAGCACAACUAUUCAUGACCAGAAAUAUUGGCACCCCUGUAUUUCUGUCAGAUAACACACCACUUCUCCCAGAAUAUUGUUGUACUCGCAAAUUCUUUGAUAUUCUCAUGUUUAUUUGGAACAACAAGAAAAAAGCCCAUUCUGAUACACAAAUCUGAAAGACCUGGAGCAGCUGGCAAAAGAAGAGUGGUCUAGUAGAGAGGUAGAAGAAACUCAAGUGAUAUGUUAUUUUGUCCAAAGGGUGUGCUAUCAAAUUAAGUUGAGGGUCAAAAAUUCUGUCCAGGUCAUUUUUGAAGUUCUUUGUGGAUUUGGAUUUUUUCUCUACUUUUUAUGUUGUUCCAAUGCAAACCGAAGAAAUAAACAUGAGAAUACCAAAAGACUUUGUGAUUGCAACAAUUUUCUGGGAGAAAGUGGUGUGUGCUAUCUGACAGAAAUGCAGGGGUACCUAGAAAAUGCCUAGAAAAGUGUUUAUAUUAUUAAUGUUUGAGUAGUGGAGGACAAAUCACUAAUGUUCACUACUUUUUGUAGAUGAAAUAUUGUUACAGUCAUUGCACUUGCACUCUGAAUCAACAGGAUUCAUAUUCAUAGCUAGUAUUCAUAUGCAUUUAUAAAAUUUAAAGCAGUUUGCCAAAGAUUAAUCUGUUUUAGUGUUACCUGAAUAAAUGUGUCUAACAUGUUUGAAUACAGUUUACCAUAAAACAUGGCAGCUCUCGGAAGCGGUCAACACACAAGUCUGUCCUCCCCUGGUGGUUGGUUGCAGUAUGGUCAUAAAACUCGCCCCUUACAUGUUAACAGAUGGGACAUGAGUCGAGCUAAGAAUUCAAAGUACAAGUCAAAUAUAUUUUUCCCAAAGGUGAUUUCGGCCAUUUUAGAUAUGUAUUAUGCUGAUUUGUGUACAAGUAAU